ACCAUGUGUGUGGUGACAAUUUCAUCCCCACCAGUCACGCUCCAAUUAUUUCAAGCAGAUAAACAUAAUAACUAGAUUGGCACCAAAUUCCCCGACCCACCUCCCAAAGUGUGCUUCAAACCACCGCUUAAGUCAAAUUAUAAUUCUCCCCUCUUUAUAUAAUCAAGGAAUUUUUUUAUUCGUUUUGAUCUUUCUUGAAAAAAGUUUCAAUCUUUGAUCUUGUUUAUAUGCUGAUCAAGAAUUUAGUAUUAUGAGGAUGAAGAUAGUGACAGUUAAUAUGUGAGGACUACAAGAACCCACUUCAAAUCUGUUCAGCAAUCAAAAGAAAAUGGUGAGUGCAGAGGAAGCAACCAUUAACAAUAACAAGAUCACUGGUGCAACUUCAUCAUCAUCAGGUGGAAGCAACAUGAACCCUGCAAAUAAAAACCCAACCUUGGCUCAAUAUGGUGCAGAUGCUAGACUGGUUUCAGAGUUUGAACAGUCUGUUGGGUCUGGUAAAUCUUUUAACUACACAACUUUGCUUACACAUGCACCAAAACCUGUUGCUGAACAAGAAAUGACUGAUUAUUUGUCAAGGAUUCAAAGGGGUGGUUUAGUUCAACCUUUUGGUUGUAUGAUUGCUGUUGAAGAACCCACUUUUAGAAUCAUUAGUUUUAGUGAAAACUGUUUUAGUAUGUUGGGUUUGAACCCUGAUGAUUUCAUGAACACUUUAAUUGGGAUAGAUGCUAGAACCCUUUUUACUUCUACUUCUAGGGCUUCUUUAGAAAGAGCUGUAGGGUCUAGAGAGAUCACUUUGUUAAACCCUAUUUGGGUUCAUUCGAAAACUACCCGUAAACUGUUUUACGCGAUUCUGCAUAGGAUUGAUGUGGGUGUUGUGAUUGAUUUAGAGCCAGCUAACUCUAGUGACCCCACGUUAUUGCUUUCGGGUGCGGUUCAGUCGCAAAAACUUGUCGUUAGAGCGAUUUCCAGGUUGCAGUCUCUCCCGAGUGGUGAUAUUGGGGCUAUGUGUGACACCAUUGUUGAAGAAGUACAAAAGCUUACGGGUUAUGAUCGGGUUAUGGUUUAUCGGUUUCAUGAUGAUGAUCAUGGUGAAGUUGUUUCGGAAAUUCGAAGGUCUGAUUUAGAGCCGUAUUUAGGGUUACAUUAUCCUGCAACAGAUAUCCCACAAGCUGCUCGAUUUUUGUUUAAACAGAACCGGGUAAGAAUAAUCGUCAAUUGUCACGCGAAAUCAGUUCCCGUGAUUCAAAGUGAGGACUUAAAACAACCACUUUGUUUGGUCAACUCUACCCUUCGGGCCCCGUAUGGCUGCCAUGCGGUUUACAUGGCUAACAUGAAUUCUAUCGCGUCGUUGGUGAUGGCAAUACUUAUAAACAACAACGAAUCGACGAAAUUAUGGGGCUUGGUGGCCUGCCAUCAUACUACGCCACGUCAUAUACCGUUCCCGCUUCGUUACGCUUGUGAGUUUUUAAUGCAGUCAAUGGGUUUGCAGCUCUACAUGGAGCUCAAACUAGCCGAACAAAAAGCGGAGAAAAAGAUCCUCCGUAUGCAGACCACCUUAUGCGACAUGCUCCUGCGAGAUGACCCUUUUCGGAUCAUAACUCAGUCUCCAAGUAUAAUGGAUUUAGUCAAAUGUGACGGUGCAGCUUUAUACUACGAUGAAAAAGUCUGGUUACUCGGUGUAACACCGAAUGAAUCACAAGUUAAAGAUUUGGUUAAAUGGUUGUGUGACGAACAUAAGGAUUCUGCAGGGUUCAGUACCGAGAGUUUGUUGAAUUCUGGUUAUCCUGAUGCGGUUUUGCUUGGUGAUGCGGUUUGUGGUAUGGCGGCUGCAAGAAUUACUUCAAAAGAUUUCUUGUUUUGGUUCCGAUCACAUACGGAAAAAGAGAUUAAAUGGGCGGGGUCUAAACAUCAUCCUGAAGAUGAAGACGAUGAUGAGAAAAUGCAUCCGCGAUCUUCAUUCAAGGCGUUUCGUGAAGUUGUGAAAAGUAGAAGUUUGCCGUGGGAGGUUUCCGAGCUCAACGUGAUUCAUUCGUUGCAGUUGAUUAUGGGAACAUCAGCUCAAAAUGUUGCGGAUAAUGGUGGUGGUGUUAGAGUGAAGAAACAUGGUCAACAUAGUGAGAGUGAUGGUCAAUGGGUGGAUGAAACUAGUUCGGUUGCUUGCGAAAUGGUGAGAUUGAUUGAAACGGCAUCUGUUCCUAUUUUUGGCGUUGAUGCUUCGAGCUUGAUUAACGGGUGGAAUGGGAAAAUUGCAGAGUUGACUGGAGUCAAAGCUAGUGAAGCCAUGGGAAAAUCUUUGAUUGAUGUAUUCGUUCAUGAAACGUCACGUGGGGUUGUUGAAGAUCUUAUUUAUAGAGGUUUGCAAGGUGAAGAAAAGAAAAACAUUGAAUUGAAACUACAAAAAGUCGGCACGCACCAGCAGAACAAAGCGCUAAUAUACAUUAUCGCUAAUACAUGCACAAGCAGGGACUACAUGAACAAUGUGGUUGGUGUAUGCUUCGUUGGUCAAGACGUUACAAACGAGAAAGUUAUCAUGGGUAAAUUCAGUCGUAUGGAAGGAGAUUAUAACGCGAUUAUCCAAAUGCUAAAUCCUUUAAUUCCUCCUUUAUUCGCUUCAAAUGAAACCGCGUGUUGUUCUGAAUGGAAUGCAGCCAUGGAAAAGCUUACCGGUUAUACGAGACAUGAAGUUCUCGGAAAAGUGCUUCCCGGUGAAGUUUUUGGCGGUUUAUGUAAACUUAAAGGUGAAGAUACAAUGAGAAAGUUUAUGAUUUUGUUGUAUAGAGCGAUCAACGGACACGAUUCAGCGGAUGUACCGUUUGAGUUUUUUGGAAAAGAUGGGAAUCUUGUGGAGGUUUACUUGACAACAAACAAACGAGUUGUGGAAAACGGAGAAGUGAUUGGGUGUUUUUGUUUUUUGAGGACUAGUGUACAGAUGUAUUUAGGAGACGGUAAAAAUGAUCAAGAAUUUGUGUUGAAACGAAAUGAUUUAGGGUAUAUUAAGCAAGAAAUAAAGAACCCGUUAAACGGGCUACGUUUUACUCAUAAACUUCUUGAAGACUCGGCUAUUUCGGAUGAUCAAAAGCAGUAUCUUGAGACAAGUGGUGCUUGUGAAAGACAAAUUGCGUCAAUCAUUGAAAUUAUGGAUGUAAAAAGUAUCGAAGAAGGCAAUGUGGAGCUGAACUUGGACCAAUUUGUGAUGGAGAAUCUUUUAGACGCGAUCGUGAGCCAAGUAAUGAUUGUGUUGAAGGAAAAGGAUAUUCCAUUGGUUCAUGAAAUACCUAAUCACGUCAAAAUGCUCGAUCUUGUAGGCGAUCAAAUUAAGCUUCAGAUAAUCUUGUCGGAUUUCUUGAUCAGCAUUGUGAACCAUGCACCUUCACCAGAUGGGUGGGUCGAGAUCAAAGUGUCCCCGGGGCUCAGGAUGAUUCAAAAUGGUCAAGAAUUCAUUCAUCUACAGUUUAGAAUGACCCACCCGGGUCCAGGGUUACCUGCUGAUAUUAUCAGAGACAUGUAUGAAGAGAGAAAACAAUGGGGAACCGAAGAAGGGCUUGCACUAAAUCUUUCGAGAAAACUUCUUCAUAUUAUGAAAGGCCGCGUGCAUUACGUAAGAGAUGACGACAAGUGUUGUUUCAUCAUUGACAUUGAACUUAAAACUAGGAAAUAAAGAUUUGAAUACAACAAUGUUAGUGAGAUCAACUGCAUUAUGUUCAUUAUGAGCUUUAAAUCUAUAAAUAUAGAGGCAUUACAGUAUAGUGAGUCUUGAUAUGUAAUGAUCUCAAAUUCAAUAAUAAAGUUGAUAUCAUCACAUUUGGAUC